GGCUGGGGGGCGCGGGUCGGAGGGGGGUCGGGGCAGGCGCCGUUGCGCGCGGUUAUUUAUUUAUUUUUAAACGCGGCGAGGUUUUAAGGAACGUUUUAUAAGGUGCCCGAGGCCCCGAGCAGGACCCGGCGCCUGCCCCGGAUCGCACGAUGAUUGAAAUGCUUGUAACAACUGAAGCUCAGGAAUUGCUAGAUCAGCUCAAUGCUCUGUUGGAACAAGAGUUAAGAUAUCAACCAAAGGCUUCUGGACUGAGACUAAUUGAAACUGCUCAUGACAAUGGCCUCCGAAUGACUGCAAGGUUGCGAGACUUUGAAGUAAAAGAUCUCCUCAGCUUAACUCAAUUCUUUGGCUUCAGUACAGAAACAUUUUCUUUAGCUGUGAAUUUCUUAGACAGGUUUCUGUCAAAAAUGAAGGCGCAGCCUAAACACUUAGGCUGUGUUGGACUAAGCUGCUUCUACCUGGCUGUGAAAGCAACAGAAGAAGAAAGAAACAUUCCCUUAGCCACUGACUUAAUUCGAAUAAGCCAGUACAGAUUCACUGUAUCUGACAUGAUGAGAAUGGAGAAAAUUGUGUUAGAGAAGCUAUACUGGAGAGUCAAAGCUACAACUGCCUUUCAGUUUCUACAACUCUAUCACUUGCUCAUCCAUGAGAAUUUACCUUGUGAAAGAAGAAAGCAUCUUAAUUUUGAGAGACUUGAAGCCCAGCUUAAGGCAUGUCACUGCAGAAUCAUGUUCUCUAAAGUCAAGCCUUCUGUUUUGGCAUUAUCUAUAUUGGCACUAGAGAUCGAAGAAAAGAAACUGCUAGAGUUGAAAGAAGCGAUAGAAUGCCUUCAGAUACAUUCCAAGACAAAUAGCAGAGACCUAACUUUCUGGAAGGAGCUGGUAUUAAAGUGCCUUGCAGAAUACUCAUCAAACAAGUGUUCAAAACCAAAUGUUCAGAAGCUGAAGUGGAUUGUGUCAGGACGUACCGCACGGCAGCUGAAGCAUAGCUACUACAGAAUCUCACAUCUCCCCACAAUCCCAGAGACUGGCUCGUAACAGGAAUCUUAAAAUAGAAAGAUGACUAUCCUGAUGGCUGAUUUACAGAAUUCAGCUGUGGAAUUGAAAACUGAAGCCUAAAACCUGACGACUGUUCCAGCAUCUGAAGUUCAACUCUUAGAAAAUUAAAACAUCCAGGUUUCUUUAGUAGACCUUUCCAGCAAAUGCAGUUGUAUUGGUGCUGACUACAGGAGUAAUAAGUAGUAAACAGUUCCUGAAGGAUGAAGACUAAAACCUGUCUGAAUAUUGAAAUAUGAAAAUGUAACAGUGAAGCAUCAUAUUAUUUAUAGUAGUGAAUAGCCUCAGACAACUCAGUAGUUAACUGAUAGAACAGCUAGUGUAGUUUAACCUUGGUUACUGCAACUGUGGCUGUUUAGCUGGAUUACUUAACUUCAUGCAAUCUGAUUCUAUACCUCCUAAAACUUGUACUUGAAACAUAGGAGGCAUAAUGUGCUUCAGGACUUGAGUCUACCAAAUUGUCUCUGACAAAUCUCCCUGAUACUGCACUGGAUAGAUAAUUGCAUCCCAGAGACUGAGUCAAAUGUUUUGUAUUGUCAUGUUUUCUUUUUGAGUAGCCAUGUCCUCCUGCACAAGGCAUUGGUCCUUUGAUGCAGUGGAGUCCAUCUCCAGUGCAGAGUUGACAACUCUGGCUAAGAUGAUAAAAUACAAAUCAGAUGCUAUGCUGAGAGAGCCUGCAGUUGUUGUUCUGCAUCAUUAUUGAACUUAGCCAUCCUUCUACCCUCAUUUUGUGAAAAGUAUAAUUUUGGGAACUUUGAAUGGUGGAGAUUGAAAGCAUGGUUUUCACAAGCAAACUGCACCCUAUAUCAGUUUGCAAUGUCAGUAAAACUGCUACUUUGCUAUUGCUGUUAAAAGUCAGUUGCAGAGCCUGACAACCUUUCCCCCUAGAUUCACUUCUAGACAAUGAGGCAAAUUCUGAUUAUUAUGCAGGUGCAGUUUACAUGCCCUCAAUAGAAAUUGUACCAGUACCACCAUAAUGUAAGAUGACAUCAGCUUUUGUUGCCCCAAUAGGAAACUGUAUCUAUUCCUCUAAUAGCUUGAGUUCUGAAUCAGCUCUGCUACUUAGAACAAAUACAGCUUCAUUCCUGGUUUAUCACUAAAAGAUCUAAACCUGUGUGUCAAUGCUAGCUCUUCAGCAAUAGAGGAAGGUCAAACAUAUGAGAGUGUGCUCUAAAGAUGUUCAUAAAUGGGAUGCCUAAGCACAAGUAAAGCUGCAGUGUUGUAUGUCAUGAAACAAAUGGCUGAAGCUGGGAUGUAGGCAGUGAGCUCUGAAUGCUCCAUACUGCAUUGCAUGAGAACCUCUUAUUGGUCCAUCAUUAACUCCUGCAUGCACUCUAAACUUAUCUGGGCAAUGGGAGAAAAGAACUGUGAAUAGUUAAAUAAAAUGUGGGGCUGGUACACCAACAUCUACUUUCCAAAGUCUAACACUGAUUUUUGGGGAAACGCCUCACCUUCCUUCUAAUGUAGUAAAAGCAUAGUCAAACUUCCUACAGAACACUUUAAACUGCUAAGUAGUGAACAGCUUGAGGAGGAAACAUUUUUUAAUAUGAACUUAUAGAUGAAUGUUGUUGCUAGCCUUGACCAUGCAGAUAACAGUGGUAACUACGUACAGCAUACCUAACUGGUGAAAGGGGCAAGAGAGGUAAAGGAUAGAACAUGCUAUGCAAGUUGAAUGCAACUGCUGAAGAUGCACUGAGCUAGUUUUAGCAGAAGUAAUAUUGUUUGUUUCAUUAAAGAAUGUACCUUUCAAUAAAACUUAUUGAAAUGCA